GGUGUUUACUUUUGCAAAUUUAGCUUUCUUACUGGGUUUAGAAUGUAAUGGUAAUUCAGUUCCUACUUCAGGGAAUUGUUGUCAUGAUUGUGAUUAUAGUUGUGUUAAUUGUGUGGCUAAUUGUUAG